AUGCUGCUGCUUUCUUGGUCAAGAAUUGCCACCAAGGUAGUUAGAAGGCCCAUUCGUUUUCGGCCCUAUUACGGGUUGCCUCAUAUUAAGAGUUUACAUACUCAAUAUCGGCUACUUAAUAGCCUACAGGAAAAUAAGAGCAAUAGAAAGAACGAAGACAAUAAUAGGGACGCUAGGCUUAACGGAGAAAUUCCUACAGACGAAGAGGUUGAGGCAAUAAGGAAAGAAGUAGAAAAAUAUAUCGAACAGGCUAAAAAUAAUACCAUACCCGCUAACUGGAAAGAACAGAAACGCAAAAUUGAUGAAAGUAUUAGGCGUUUAGAAAAUGCUGUAUUGAAACAAGAAUCUCACCAAAUUCAAGAAGAGAAAAAGGGAAAAGAGGAAGGAAAUGAACAUUCGAAGGCCAAGUCAAAUACAACAAAAGAGCAGGGCUACUUUGAGGGUAAUAAUAGUAGAAACAUUCCGCCACCACCACCACCGCCCCCCCCUAAACCGCCUUUGAAUGAUCCUAGCAAUCCGGUGUCGAAAAAUGUUAACCUAUUCCAAAUAGGAUUAACUUUUUUCCUCCUUUCAUUUUUAUUGGAUCUCCUCAAUAGUUCUGAAGAACAGAGUGAGAUAACGUGGCAGGAUUUUCGAGAGAAACUAUUGGCAAAAGGUUAUGUUUCUAAAUUAAUUGUGGUCAAUAAGUCCAUGGUGAAAGUGAUCUUAAAUGACAAUGGAAAAAAUCAACCCGACAAUUACGGUCGCAAUUUUUACUACUUCACGAUCGGCUCCAUUGAUAGCUUCGAACACAAACUUCAGAAAGCACAAGACGAACUGGACAUCGAUAAGGAUUUUAGGAUACCUGUAUUAUACGUUCAAGAAGGUAACUGGGCUAAAGCUAUGUUCCAAAUCUUGCCAACUGUUUUGAUGAUCGCAGGUAUUAUUUGGUUGACAAGAAGAUCAGCACAAGCGGCAGGCGGUAGCCGUGGAGGCAUAUUUGGUCUAAGCCGUUCUAAGGCUAAAAAAUUCAACACUGAAACAGACGUUAAGAUCAAAUUCAAGGACGUUGCCGGUUGUGAUGAAGCUAAGGAAGAGAUUAUGGAAUUUGUUAGCUUCUUGAAAGAACCUUCUCGUUAUGAAAAAAUGGGAGCAAAGAUUCCUAGAGGUGCAAUUUUGUCUGGUCCUCCAGGUACCGGUAAAACCCUACUUGCAAAGGCGACUGCAGGUGAAGCCGGCGUGCCGUUUUAUUUUGUUUCCGGUUCAGAAUUUGUAGAAAUGUUUGUUGGUGUUGGUGCUGCAAGAGUAAGAGAUUUGUUUAAGACUGCAAGAGAAAACGCACCUUCGAUUGUGUUUAUUGACGAAAUUGACGCUAUAGGGAAAGCUAGGCAAAAGGGUAAUUUUUCAGGUGCCAACGAUGAGAGAGAGAAUACGCUGAAUCAGAUGUUAGUAGAAAUGGAUGGUUUUACUCCAGCCGACCAUGUUGUUGUCUUAGCUGGUACCAAUAGACCCGAUAUUCUCGAUAAAGCAUUACUAAGACCUGGUAGAUUUGACAGGCAUAUCAAUAUUGAUAAGCCUGAACUUGAAGGAAGAAAGGCUAUUUUUGCCGUUCAUUUGCAUCAUUUGAAACUUGCGGGGGAAAUAUUUGAUUUGAAAAAUAGGUUAGCGGCUCUGACGCCAGGCUUUUCUGGUGCUGAUAUUGCCAACGUUUGUAACGAGGCCGCGUUAAUUGCGGCUAGAAGUGAUGAAGAUGCAGUAAAAUUGAAACAUUUUGAACAAGCUAUUGAAAGAGUCAUUGGUGGGGUAGAACGCAAAUCCAAGCUUCUUUCUCCUGAAGAGAAGAAAGUGGUUGCUUACCACGAGGCUGGACAUGCUGUAUGUGGAUGGUAUUUGAAAUAUGCAGAUCCUCUUUUGAAGGUCAGUAUUAUUCCACGUGGUCAGGGCGCAUUAGGUUAUGCACAAUAUUUACCAGGUGAUAUUUUCUUGUUAACAGAACAGCAACUUAAGGAUAGAAUGACAAUGUCUCUAGGUGGAAGAGUUUCUGAGGAAUUGCAUUUCCCAUCAGUUACCAGUGGCGCGUCUGAUGACUUCAAAAAAGUUACUAGCAUGGCUACGGCAAUGGUCACAGAAUUGGGGAUGAGUGAUAAAAUUGGUUGGGUCAACUACCAGAAGAGAGAUGAUAGCGAUUUGACAAAACCAUUCUCAGACGAGACAGGUGACAUCAUCGAUUCCGAAGUAUACAGAAUUGUCCAAGAAUGCCAUGACAGAUGUACGAAACUGCUUAAAGAAAGGGCAGAAGAUGUAGAGAAGAUUGCCCAACUACUGCUGAAAAAAGAAGUCCUAACAAGAGAAGAUAUGAUUGAUUUACUUGGUAAGCGUCCUUUCCCAGAACGGAACGAUGCUUUUGAUAAGUAUUUGAACGACUACGAAACGGAAAAAAUCAGGAAAGAAGAAGAAAAAAACGGAAAACAUAACGAACCUAAGCCAUCUACAAACUAA